ACCUGAGUCCUUCACCUAUUUUUAGUAGGGCUGGUUCGGUGCCUCGAUGAGACUUCACUGUCUGGUUGCUGUUGUUUUCUUUUGAAGUAACUCAGUUUUUGGACCGCUGCUAUCACGUCUUUGUUCAGGGAACAUUGAAGGUACAAGUUUGUUUGUGACCGUUGGUAGCGUGCACGGUUAGUCGGUGUGAUGGAUUCAGGAAAUAGCCUUACGCCGCUAGCUGCAGUAGCGAGUGGUACUGGUAGCACAUUGGUCGACCACGAUCACGAUUACUGUGGAAUGAAGCCAGUAAUACAGCCACAGGCAACACAGGUUGACUUGCUAGCUAAGAGUGACUUUCUGGAUUUCUUCCAGGCCAAUCUGGAUGGUGAUCAUGGUGACACUGACGAGCUUCUGGGAGUCUUAAACUGGUCCCAGGAAUUUGAUUCGUAUCUGAAUGGACCUUCAUUGUUUCCACUUGAAAAUGACCUGGAACUGUUGCUGAAUGGAUUCGAGGUGAAUGCUCUGAAUUCCACCAGAUCUGCUGGAUCUGAAGAGUUAGAGGAUGAUGGGUAUAAAUCUCAUGGUUCGGCUGGAUCUCCAGCAGUGGACUCACCUCUUCAACCCAGUCAUGUGAUAGAAACUUGUCCACCACCUGUGGACAACGACAGUGUCAGCGACCAGUUUCCCUUGCUGAGUGCAAGCUCUGGGUCCAGCCUGCAGGGUAAAGACCAGCGCGAUGCGGCUGAGCUUGCCCUAUUAAAUGCGUGUCUGGAGGGUGACAGCUUUUCUCGCCCAUGUUCUGCCGGUCAAGGAACUAGUGUUCUGGUCAAUGGCAAGGACCUGUCCAGCUCAGCAACAACCUCUCCGGGACGGGAGGGCGAUAAUCCAGUAGCAAGUGCUGGCCAAAGUGUGAUGGGUAGCACAUCACGGGUACCAAAGCACUGUGCAGAACGCGAGGACAAACGCCUGUCUGGACCAACAGCGUUCAUAUCAAAUGCUGUGUGCUGGCAGUAUGGUAAGCUGAAGUUGACUCCAGAAGAAAUAUCAGUACUGAAAUCAGAGGGUCUUCCUAUCCCCACUACUUUGCCCUUAGCUCCGGAAGAGGAAAAGGCAAUCAAACAUGUGCGGCGCAAGAUUAAGAACAAGAUUUCUGCCCAGGAAAGCCGACGCAAGCGCAAGGAGUACAUUGGCACCUUAGAGAAGCAGCUAGCUGUAUGUACUGACUUCAACAAACAACUCAUGGAGCGUGUUGCAACACUGGAAAAGCAAAAUAGCUCCCUAUAUCGGGAAACAACAGAACUACGGAAGCAAUUUACAGUACCUGAGCCACUGCUACAAUCACCAUCUCGUUUGAUGAAAGCGCCAUCGUCAACUUCUCAUAUCCCAGUACUGCUGUUUGCGGUGGUGUUCGCUCUUGCUAUUCCACUUUGGACCACACACAAUCUCCCAUUACCUUGGGAAGCCAAUCAUCUGAUGCUGGCAGUGGCGGACACCAGCAGCAGCAACAACAACUUCAACAACAACAACAACCACAUGGCUUCUGUGUCCGACUAUCGCCUUCACUCUGCUGAGAAAGCAUUGGCUGCCGGAUUAGACCCACUGACAGAGCAGGACACUUCCUCUUAUGCCGCCGUCUCUAGUUCGCCUGCCGAACAAUUUGACUAUGGCCCUGUGAAAUUUCAUUCCCGGACCCUGCUGCAUUAUGUGGACGAGUCAUCAUCAUCGGCACGCGAGUGCUGCACUGAAACCAAUAGAACCACUGCUACACAGCUGGAAACCAGCACCGAUCCAGUACACGGCAUUGGAAAGCUGGCAAGGGACAGCGAGUAUGUGAGUAUUACUCACCAUCUGAACAUCACCUCCUACUCGUUGUCCCUACUGAAUACCAGUGCUGGCGGCGGCAUUGUAUCUGAUCACGCAGUGCUCGUAUCAACCUCUCAUGCUCAGCUAAACCAUUCUGUCAAGCAUCUUAAUUUAGUCUUGUAAAUAAUUCCAGAAAUCAGCAUCAUCACCAUCAACCCAUUCGGGUUGCCGGCCCGUGACAAACAAUGUCGCGCCAUUCCGUCCUCUGUGUCUCUGUCCAGCGCUUGACUUGUCCUAGCUUUUCUGCUGCUCCAUUUGCACUGUCCUUCUUCCAUUUGACCGCUGGCCGUCCUCUCUCCCUUCAAGUUAAUUAAUAAUGCAAGGGCAAUACUAGUGAAAAAUUCAACUUUUCUACUCUGUCAUUCCAGUCAACUACAGUCCUGCAACAACCAGUAUUGCUACAGGAACUGCUCAGUCUUACCUAUUGAUGUGGCACUCUAGAUAACUUGUGGAGAUGAAUGAAUAUUAUGCUAAAAAUAUACGUCCAAGAGAAAAACCAGUAUCAGAACUGGCUCAACUCUGAAGGUUCAUGGGCUCUUUUCAUGUUCCAAUUGGCCUUGUGGAGUGCUUGAGAAUCACUACUUUUUUCCUGAAAAUAUAAUCCUAAUACUUUGAACUCGCCACGAGCAUUGAUAUAGAGUCGGACCUCGCAUGUUUUUUGAAAUGAAGUGUCGUUGUGUAGCCUAGUGGUACGCCUUUGUUAUUUUGCAUUCACUGUUGUACUUUCGUGUUUUGACCAGAUGUAUCUUCCUCUCUUCCUAUUGCCCCCCCCCCCCGGCUUUUGUGUAGUGUUUCCCUCUAUACAAGUUCCUUCUUUUCAAAUACAUUGAUGAAAAGUAUGUUGCUAGCAUUC